AUGCUGCUUGGUGAUGACCAGUAUCACUCACUCCAAAGCCCUGGUAAUGAGAUUGCAUGUGUGCCUGAAAUUCCAGAGAACAGGCUUUUUGCACAGCACCAUGCCCCGCAAACAACAGCUAUGAAGGAGCUGACAUUAUAGGAACUUUCAAUUCCAACAUCAACCAUUAGGGUUGUGUUUGCUACAGUUGCAUUGGGUAUGGGUGUAGACAUCCCAUCAAUCAGAAACAUCAUUCAUGUAGGACCACCACGGACUAUAAGGGAAUAUUUUCAGGAAACCGGACGGGCAGGCCGUGAUGGAAAACAAUCUUUGGCAGUGCUCUAUUACAACAACAGAGACAUUGCAAAAAAUCGAGAAGGUAUGAGCGAUGACAUUCACCAAUUUUGUCGCCUAGAGGACUCUUGUAUACGAAAACUUCUUUUGAAUUGUCUUGAUGCUUCAAGUGAAGCAUGUAUUGGUCAUCUAUGUUGCAGCUAUUGUGAAUUUGUAUGUGAUUGUGAUGAUUGUCUUAUC